AUGAACUUUUCAUCGGACAACAGGUUUGUUUUUUCUUGUCCAUACUAUCCCACUUUUUUAUGGGACCUAACUGACAAAGUUUUCCCCUGGAUAAUGGUCGCAAUCGUAUCUAUCGCAUCUCCCGCUGCAGUCAUUUUUAACAUUUUAGUCAUCACAGCAGUAAGAUCAAGGAAGGAACUGCAAAAAAAUCCAAACAUUCUGUUGUCGAGCAUGGCUGUUGCGGAUGUUUUGAUAGGUGCUAUAAACAUGCCUUUAUCCGCCACUGUUGACUUUGUUAUUUCCCGGCAAGUUUUUGAUGAUCGUAUUUGCUUAGUAGACUUGCUUAAUGUCUACUUUAUGCACGCUUUAACAACAUGUACCCUAUACCAUUUGAUCCUUAUCGCUUGGGAGAGGAACCAGGCAAUACGGAAUUGUUAUGAACACAAAGUGAAAAUGACAAGAAGCCGCCUGAAGAAACUCGCCAUAACAGCUUGGUUCUUAGCCGCGUUAACACCAAUUCCAGGCAUUGUAGUAACAGCCCAGGGCAUAAACUACGAUUUUAUCAUUGAGGCAAUCUCUGCAUUUUUCUUGUUAAUUCUGAUCUGUCUAAUCGCUUAUUUUUACCUCAUGGUGUAUCGUGAAACGCGCAGAAGUAGACUGAUUACCCAAGUCACUGUUCUGGUGAAAUCAAAACUCGAAAACAGAGUUGCUAUGACAUGCGCAUUAGCUUCAGCAGCUGUAAUUCCUUCCGUUGUUCCCAUAGCAACUGUUGGCUUGUUGGGAGAUUUGUACCCAGGUUUUCGCAAGAGUUCCGUCUUCCGAUCAGCGGAGACACUACUGCAAAUGAACUCUAUAGUGAAUCCACUAAUUUACUUCUACAGAAACAGUCGUUUUAGAAGCAUCAUUCUCGAGAUUUUGUGCAUCAGAAAACCUCCUGCAGCCAAGGCAAAAGUUGCUUCCAUGCAAUAUGUCAGAUCAAAGGAUCUUUCUUCAGCGGAAGGUACUCAAAAACAACCAAAUGCGUACAGCCGUCGCCUUUUUUCAAGAUCAGCGUCAUGCGAAUUAGCGAACGGGACAGUUUUAUAUGGUGCAAUGAAGAAAAGAUCUGUAUCAGCGCCAACACUAAUCAGAUUACGCAGCAACUCUUUUGACAGUUUCGAGCCGCAGAACAACCCCUCGUCCAUUUUAACAGUUGUUGCGACAGUCCACCCACAA